UGCGGAUGUUGCUAGUUUCAAAUCAAUGGUAUAAAAUUGAGUUAUUUUCCCAAACAGAAUCACUGCUGCUGGAGUCUUCAGACGUAUCGACAGCAAACAUGACAGUUACAAUCGUAUUCUUGGCGUUGGCGGUUUUCGGGGCAACAGCUGCACCUGAAUUCUACAAUGAACAUCAACAACAGUGGCAAUACUGGCGCCAACAUGAACUGGCACCACCACAAGUUAAGCAGAAUCCAAAUUUGGUUCAACCGCAUAACUCGAACGGAUUGAAAGUAGCAGCUCAGUUUCAGCAAUGGCCGCAAUGGCAAGAAAACUCUCCAGUACAAUUUCAACGUGAAGUAGUCAAUGCGUAUAAUGAACCAGAACACCGUUUCGGUGUACAGCAACAACAACCUUGGGGACAAUGGGAGCUGACUCCACCGAAACAGCCAGCGCAACAGCAACCGCCACCGCAGAAACCACAAAUAGUGAGACCCAGCGACAGUUGGCAACAAGCGGCUCCACCUCAAAAACCGGUUCCUAAUUUGAACAUUAUGCCAGAGACUAACUCUGAUGUUCAGCGACAGCCGUGGGGUCAAUGGGAGCUGGAACCACCGAAACAGAUACCACAACAGAAGCCCCAACCUCAGAAGCCUUAUUAUGCAAGUCCCAAUGAGAACAAAUCGCCGGAAGUCAACGCAGAAUUUCAGCAGUGGCUUCAGCAACAGCAGUACAGAGAACAAGAAUCGGAAAAGCUCAAACCUCAACAAAAUCUGCCACUUCAAAACACCAAACCACAACGUGAGCCGGCACCACAAAGGCAAAAACCAAACCCUCAGAAACCUCAAAACUUCGAAUCGAUGGAAAACGAAUACGUCGAGGGUCCACUGAGAUUCCAAAAAGAUCCCCGCUGUCCCAGAACCGAUAACCCUAGGAAGCCUGUUCACUUGCCAAUAGCGGGAGAUUGUACAAAAUUCAUGAAAUGUGUCGAGGGUCUGGCCUUUGAGCAGGAUUGUCCCGCAGGGUUAGAGUUCGGAGUCGGUGUUAACCGUUGCGAUUACCCGAAGAAUGCCAAGUGCAGCACUAAUUAGUGAUGGAAGGUCAAUUUGAUGCUGAUGAGAGAGCAUGCAGAGGUUGAGAUACAUUAUGCAGGAUAAACCAGUUUAAUGUCAGUAACGUUCGUAUCUCUUAGAGCAUUCACGCAAUGAAUGUCAUCUUUAAAGAAAACUUGUGUAAUCUAACAUUUUGAAAUAAUUUUGUAUUGUAAUUUGAAAAUUGGUUUGGUGAAAAUUGUCAAAUGAUUAUUAAAAUACCCGUAGAACAUAAGAAUAAACCAAUCAAAGCAA